AUGCCCAUUCCCGUACAAACCACCCCUCCCGAUUCGAGGACCAGCUACAUCAUCGACCAGCUCGAGGGCGAGCGCAUCACCAUCCCCGGCAGCAAGGGCGUGUUCCGCAUCCUCGCCUCCGAGAAGCAGACGGGCGACAGCAUCGCCGUGUUCCAGAGCGGCGCCGUCCUGUCCGACGCCCCCGGCUUCCACUGGCACAACGAGGCCCACGACGUCUUUUUGUGCACCAAGGGCUUCAUCAAGCUAUGGAACGGCGACAAGUGCCGCAUCCUGGGACCCGGCGACUUUGCCUAUAUCCCUCCUGUAUCAAUUCGGCCUCAUCUCCCCGCCAACUGGGUCGACUUCUUCCGCUACGUCUCCGAGCCCUACGACGGCAUCCUCGCCCCCGCCACCGACGACCGCGACCUGCGCGCCCUGCUCGUACCCAAGGUCAUCGCCGCCAAGGACCGCUUCGACGUCCACUUCGUCCGCGACCCCACCUUCGCCAACAUGGGCCCCCGCUGGAUGGUCGGCGGCGUCCUGUCCCGCCCUUUUCUCCGCGCCGCCCACGUCGAGGGCCGCUUCGCCAUCUCGAGCAUCGAGUCGUCGGGCAAGUACCCCGCCGGCGCCGCGGCCCUGGCGCGGUGGUUUACGUUCCCCGCGUGGAUCACUGCUUUUGGUCUGCUGAGGAUCAAGCUCAAGGGACAGGCCGAGUGGGAUUCCGUGCGCGAGGGCCAGACGGUCGUGCUUUCGGCGGGCGAGACGUUUACGCUCGACUUUGGGAGCCGGUUCGUCAGGGCCUUUUCGUUUACGAAUGGGCCGGGUAUCGAGGAGGUGAUUCACGAGGCGGGCGCGCAGGUCGAGCACGUCGUUCUUCCGGAUGAGGUGGGUGAGGUGGAUCAGGAGAAGUUUAGCAAGGCGUGCGAGACGCUGGGUGUUACGAUAGAAGCUUUGUAG